AGUUCAACGUUCGUUCUUCAACACCCACGGCUUCUGCUUCUCGUCACUGAUAUAGAAAACAGGGCGAUUACUCCUAUUCCUCUGAAGAGGAGACCGUCUUCUACAGUGACCUCCCUCCCGAGGAGCAGAAGAAAUGGAUCGCCAAGCUCAAGCACAUCUCUGCCGCCGCGUUCCUGGAGCCCGCCACGCACGAACCCUGGCACGACCUGCCCUGCAUGUAUCUCUUCUGCGAGAAGGAUCAGGGCCUGCCGAUUGCGGUGCAGGAGCAGUUCGCGAGCAGGCUGGGCAGCAACUGCACCACGUUCCGGUGCCAGGGAUCCCACUCGCCGUUCCUGA